CAUGCGCUGUACGUCGCCGCGCAGCGCCACCUUCCACGCGGUUUAAACUUUGCGGGUAACUGCGCUGCCACGGAUCAGCUGCGGCAGGUUUCCGCGAGAAACAAACGGAGGUGACGCGUUUUCCAAUGCGGUGGUUUGGAUUUGGCUUCAACGCGUUUGGACAAAUAUGUGACGGAUUAAAUGAAGCGGCAGGAAGCGACGUCACCGAGGAAAUCAGAGUGCUCCGUCCAACUGAGCUCGACUCCUGCUGCUGCUGCGCCAAGAUCAGUGGAGUCAGAGCGAGCUGGAGUCGAAGAGCGACUGUGCACGAGGAUGGUGACAGCUGUGUGUGUGUGGCAGGUUUCGAUGCAGCCUCCUCCUCUCAGUCCUGUGGUGUUUCACUGAGCCUCGGCUGUAAAGAUGCUUCCAUCAGCGAACAGCACCUGACCCUUGCUUUCCCAGACAGGAUCGAGUCCUGGGACCUGCAGAGGAAAGACCAGACUCCAUCAUGGAGCACGGAAACAAACACCCAAUCGGAGAGCAGCUCUGGUUGUCCACUCCUGAAUCUCCCAUUGGUCCCUGGUGGUUACAUAGCAACCAAACCUCCUCUCUUCCGCUCCCUGUCGCCUCACCUGAAAGCCAAGAGUCUGGCUCUGGGAGGAGAUCAUGCCGUCCUCCUCUGUGCCUCAGGAGCCGUGUACACCUGGGGACUGGGCAGUCACGGUCAGCUGGGACACGGAGGCCUCACCUCUGAGGAGGAGCCCAGGGCAGUGGAGGCCCUCUGGGGGAUGUCCAUGAGCGGUGUUGCUGCGGGAGGCUGGCACUCUGUCUCCAUUAGUGACGGCGGUGACCUUUAUUUGUGGGGCUGGAAUGAGAGCGGUCAGAUUGGACUGCCAUCACGAGGUCUGAGGAAAACGAUGCAACAGCGAAGUAGCCAACAAGCAGGAGCUUUGUGCCAAGACGCUGAUGUGAAGAGUGGUGAAGAGCCACAGGAGGGAGAGAAACACGAGGAUGUAUUCAUAUCGAUCCAGGCUUUCCCGGCUCUGCUGGAUGUCACCCCGUCUUGUGAAAUCAGGACAGUCAGCUGCGGCUCCCGUCACACAGCUGCUGUGACAACCACAGGUGACCUCUACACUUGGGGCUGGGGUGAAUACGGUCAACUUGGACAUCAGACGUUAAUCAGUUCAGAUGAGCCCCAGCGUGUGGAGUUCUUCAGGGAGCAGCAGAUGCGUGUGGUUGAUGUGGUGUGUGGGACGUGGAACACUUUUGCUGCUGUUGUCAAGGAGGAAGUCCCAAGCUCUUAAAAAUACAAAGGAAUCUCCCCUCAUAAACGGGAACAGUGGACUUUGGACAACAUAUCAGGAAGUGUGAGCUCUCACAUGAAAAACAUUAAGACUUAAGAUUAAAUAUAUUUUGUAGUACAAA